UUGCAGUUCAAAAGAGAGACGCUGCAUUUAGGAGGAACAUCGUUCAUUCUUGCCAGAGAUUUGCACUUCGAGGCGACAAAGGGCAGAAUCUGAGAUCAGAGGGUGUGAAGAAAAUUCAUUUGAGAUCGCAUCGGUGCUCGAACUUUUGUGAAUUCAAAUAAUUUGUGAGGGGAGAACAUAACAGGGAACGAGAGAGAGAGGGAGGGGGAGGAAGGUUUUGUACUUUAUGUGCUAAUUUUGGAGUGUGAUAGGAAGUUAGGGUUAGGGAUUUGGAGAAGAUGACGGAGGUUAUAUUACAUAUCUACGAUGUGACGAACAGUGGAUCGGAUAAGACGAACAACACAAUUAUGCAGAUCAACAAGAUCUUCAAGGACGGUAUUGGACUCGGUGGCAUCUUCCAUAGCGCUGUUCAGGUAUAUGGAGAUGAUGAAUGGUCUUUUGGGUUCUGCGAACAAGGAACUGGAGUUUUUAGUUGCCCUUCUGAAAAGAACCCAAUGUAUACAUAUCGUGAGAAAAUUGUACUUGGAAAAACAAGUUUCUCAAUCUUUAAGGUAAAUCAGAUUUUGAGAGAGCUUAGUAGAGAGUGGCCUGGAUGUUCAUACGACUUGUUAUCUAAAAACUGUAAUCACUUCUGUGAUGAGUUCUGUGAAAAGCUUGGCGUGCCAAAGCUUCCAGGCUGGGUUAAUCGUUUUGCCAAUGCGGGUGAUGCUGCUGCUGAGAUAGCAGGAAAUACAGCUAUACGGAUAAGACAAGCCAAGGCAGAGAUUGUAUCUGCUAGCAAAGUUGCCUAUCGCUUCCUAGUGGGUGUUACUUCAAACUCUGGGGUUGGCCCUGAUUCCCCUGGCAACUCAAACAGAGGAACUCCUGGAAUUCAAGCAAGUUGGUUUAAAAAUCUCAUCACUUCUGGUGCCAAACCUUCAAGUGGCUCAGAAAUUGACAAUAAGGACGAAGAUGUGCUACAGCAGUGACAGCGACAUGAACCAUCACGACAGAAUUCACGGCGUAAUAUAUGAAGAAGCACGUCUUUCCGCGUACCAGUUGAACCCAAAUCAAGUAGUUGUUCAUUAUGUAUUAAAUGUAAAAAAGUCAAUUUUCCAUUCCAAUGUUUGCUGAUUCUUGGCCGCUAGGAAACUGAAAUACGAUGAAAAAGAUUAUCAGUCCGGUGUUCUUUUCCACUCAUCUCUGUAGGACAUCAUUUGCUUUUUGAGGUCUGAUUUUCAUUUGGUUUGAGUGAUAAAA